GGCCUUUCCACCUCUGUGAAGUGCAGGGCUUUGAAUGAGGACAAACCUGCCCUGGGCCCCGUGGACGCCAUCCCUAAAGCUUGCUUUUGAUGUCACGGAGUCACUUGGGUGUCCCCUAUAGGCGUCCGGUAAAGGAGAGAAUUAAAAAGAGGUUUAGCGCUGAGUGGAGUUGCAGAAAGCCCCGGAGGAGGAGCACCUGGAGUCCUCGCGGUGUGCAGCCGCGCGUGGCAGGAGGCUGGCGCCCAUGCGGCUCUACACACUCUCCAAGCGCCAUUUCGUCCUCGUGUUUGUUGUCUUCUUCAUCUGUUUUGGCCUGACCGUCUUUGUCGGGAUCAAAGGACCCAAAGUGAUCCAGACUUCUGCAGCUAAUUUUUCACUAAAUAAUAGCAAAAAGCUAAAGCCAAUUCAAAUACAUUCAAAUCCACUGUCUACAUAUAAUCAGCAACUAUGGCUGACAUGUGUUGUCGAGCUGGAUCAAUCGAAAGAAACUUCUAUUCAGACAAGCUUUCUCAUGACGGUUAAAGUUGAUGGUGUAGCUCGAGAUGGAACCACAAUGUACGUUCACAACAAAGUUCACAGUCGGACGAGGACCCUCACAUGUGCAGGGAAAUGUGCAGAAAUUAUUGUGGCUCACCUUGGCUACUUGAAUUACACUCAGUAUACUGUGAUUGUGGGAUUUGAACACCUGAAGCUACCCAUCAAGGAAAUGAACUUCACAUGGAAGACUUAUGACCCCGCAUUUUCCCGGUUGGAAAUUUGGUUCCGGUUUGUCUUUGUGGUGCUCACUUUCAUCGUCACGUGCCUGUUUGCACACUCCCUCCGCAAGUUCUCCAUGAGGGACUGGGGCAUCGAGCAGAAGUGGAUGUCUAUUCUUUUGCCUCUACUGCUACUUUACAACGACCCGUUCUUCCCCCUGUCUUUUCUGGUGAACAACUGGUUCCCAGGGAUGCUGGACGAUCUCUUUCAGUCUGUGUUCCUGUGCGCCUUGCUGCUCUUCUGGCUGUGUGUGUACCAUGGGAUACGGGUUCAGGGAGAAAGAAAGUGUUUAACUUUCUAUUUGCCUAAAUUCUUCAUCGUUGGACUACUGUGGUUGGCUUCUGUUACACUAGGAAUAUGGCAAACAAUUAAUGAAUUACAUGAUCCAAUGUACCAGUAUCGAGUUGACACCGGAAAUUUUCAGGGAAUGAAGAUCUUCUUCAUGGUGGUGGCAGCUGUGUACAUUUCAUACCUGUUGUUCUUGAUAGUGCGGGCGUGUUCUGAGCUACGCCACAUGCCUUAUGUGGAUCUCAGGUUAAAAUUCUUGACAGCGUUGACAUUCGUAGUGCUUGUCAUUAGCAUCGUCAUCCUUUAUUUAAGGUUUGGAGCACGAGUGUUACAAGACAGUUUUGUGGCUGAACUGUCGACUCACUACCAGAAUUCAGCUGAAUUCUUAUCUUUCUAUGGCUUGUUGAACUUUUACCUCUACACUUUGGCCUUUGUGUAUUCUCCAUCGAAGAAUGCCCUGUAUGAGUCCCAGCUGAAAGAUAAUCCUGCGUUUUCCAUGUUAAAUGACUCUGAUGAUGAUGUGAUUUAUGGGAGUGACUAUGAAGAAAUGCCUCUGCAGAACGGCCAGGCCAUUCGCGCCAAGUACAAGGAGGAGUCGGAUAGUGACUGAGCCCUCAGCGGGUCAGCAGGGCGGCGAGGAGCCUGGACGUUGUCUUCAGCCACCGUUCCCUGGCCUUCCCUGCACCUGCUUCUGUUCAGACUUUUCUUAUAAGCAAAGAUUUCCUGUUCCUUAUUUGUUUACAUACUUUAAAAAGGAAAACCAAAACUGAGUGCAAAUGUAAACGCUGGGCCAAAUUUAUUGUCAGGGUGGCUACAUUUAUUUGGGAAGAAAGUGCCAGGUAAAAGUUUAAGCUGCCAAAUCCCUUUUACAAAGAUUUCAGAUGAAAGCAGGUUUUCGGUGGUGAAGAGAAAUUACUCCUGUUUGUGGUAGAAAGAAUUAUGUACUUCCUUUUUUAAAUUCUAAGUUCAUGGGGAGCCCUUAUGACUAAGGUCCGCAGCAUGGCAACAUUACUCCUUUUGUCCCUUUUCUUACCCCAUGGUAUUGUUUUUUUGACCCUUUACACUCAAAGGGAAACCUAUUUCUGUGGCUGCCUCAGGAGGGCAGCUCUUCCCCACGGAGUGGUCAGUGCCCUGGAUAACCAAGCAUCUGAAAUGACUGGAAUGAGUGAAACUUAGAUUGACCACAUUUUGUGACCCAUGUAAGUUACCACUCAUUAGGGGAAUGAAGGAGGGCUGGCUUCUAGCCCUCCACUGUCACCAAGGCUAAGAUAAUUUACAAGUCACCAGCUCCCGUGGGUGAGGUAUUGUCGCCACAGUGUUUUGUAAGGGCCUGUGUGUGCGUAUAUACAUGAAUAUGAAUGGAUUUCCCUGGUGCUUGGGGUGUGCAAGAGGGUAACUCUUACCUUUCCAAUAAAUAGUAGUUUCUGCAACUCUGUUGAAUAUAAAACCCCAUAGAACUUAAUUUUUUUCGAAUAAAAGCUAGAUGAAUGAUUGAUACAAUAAUAUAGAUUAUUACCAAAAAGUUUUUCAAUUUCACAUCUGGAAACUAGAUGCAAAGAAAUUAAAACAUUUUAAAUGGCUUAUGGAGAACCAUCUUUGGGUAGAAGGCAACUUGCUUGGUCAUCAUUCCCUGUUCUCCGUGAUUCCCGUGAUUCUCCAUGAGCAGAGGAAUUACUCUGUGGAAAUGGCUCUGCGCUACUGAAUCAGGCAUCACAGGAGAGUUCCCAGUUCCUUUUUGUCAGACACUCAAUAGAGAAGUCUGGUCCAGAUGUCUCCUUUGGUUCUCCCUCGACACACACAGUGUCUCUUAAUUACUCACAUGUGGUAACUGUAGCCAUCCUGACUGAUGGCAUCGUGGUGAGUACAGAGGUCCAGGAGACCAUUGUCCCAUUCUGCAGCCACUACCUGUGUUUCCUCCAUCUAUGCAUCGACCCUCAGAUUAUCAUUCAGAGCUACAGGUUCUGGUCCACUGCAGGUAGUGCUGGGACCUCAGAGAUGUUCAUGAGACCAUUCGUUGUGACUUACCUUUCUUUUCGAUUUAAAUUUCAAUGAUAAUGUACCUUUAGUAUGGAUUUCAUUCACAUUUGUUUUAAAAACCUUGUAAAUAUAAAUGUUUAAAUUAAAACAACUGUAUAAUGGAAGAGGUAAUUCAAGUUUACAUGAUUUUUACAUUUACAAUGGUAUGACUUUUUUUGAUUCUGUGUACUGAGGUGUUGAAAAAAAUUUUCUGUUACCAAAUCUUACAACUUCUAAUAUUUUAUGUAAAUUGAUGAAGACUUACUUGUGCUGAUUAACAUAUUCUAAUAUGUGAUAGCGUUUACAAGUUUUAAUCAUUGUCUGUGAUUUAGAAUGCUGUUUAUCAGUAAAUGUAAAAUAUUUGAGGCAUUUAGCCAUAUACAUUAGAACUUUUUAAAACUUGUCUUUGUCCUAUGGUGUAAUUAAAAAUUUGAUGACUAGUAUCUUCAUACAUUGAUUCUUCAUGGCAUCGAUGAAUUGAAAAAUAUGGGAGUAUUUAUUUACUUUUUGUAACUAAGUUGGAAACAAGAAAAAAAUUUACUAAAAAAGUACUUAAGGGGAAAAUGAUUCUUUAUUAAACCAUGCAUUUUCAAUUUCUCUUACCUGGUAUAUCAUAUAGAUCAACAUUUACAUACUCCAUGUAAAAAUUUGCUUAAAGUAUAUAGCAUUUAGCGUGUAGAAUAUGUGCCCUAGGUAUUAGAUUAAAACACUUAAAGUCUGCCAGAAACUUUUGACAGUAGCAAGAAAAUUGUUUUUCUUCAUGGGUAUUCAAAGUUUUGCAAACAAAUUAUAAAUUCAAAGGGCUGACUUUAGUUCUAUCGUGGUAAUGGUUUCAAUGACAUCAUCUUUGGGAUAUUUUUUUAUACUGGUCCAGUCUAGGGGAACCUGGAAGAUGAGCAGAGGUAUUUCAGUUUCCCUAGGGAGAGCUUCAUUAUCCAUGUGGAUAAUAGGUCCGCUUGAUUUAUUAUUAAAUCUUUACAGCAGUGAAGUGGUGCCGUUUUCUCUUAAGCCCCAUUUGAAAGGCUAGAGGAGAUAUUCAAGGUUGGUAAGGUUGUUACUAUACUUAAUUAAAGAUUAAAAUAAAAAUUUAGAUACAUUAUGUAAAUCUAACCCACUAAAGGGACAGGUUACAAGACAAAUGUCACCUGCCUCAAGUAUUCCAUGAACUAUUUACUAAAAGUACAGUUAUGUUAAAUAGGUUGUAACGUGGCUGGUAACUUAUUUCCUGAAUCCUUUUCACAGGAAAGGCAGACGCUCAUAAAAGGGAUAAUUAAAAGGGAUGUUACUAUGAACAUUUAGUAAUGACUUUAGUUUUUAAACACUAAAGUGUAUUUGUGUAUUUUGAGGGUUUUAGAAGCCAGUUGCCUUAGAGGUUGGUUAGACUUUUUGGGGGAAAAAGAAAGCUAGUUUCCCCAGGCCAAAGGGAAGUUGCUUUAGUCUGUGACUUUUUGUUGUGUUUAUCUUGACAUGAUGUUUUAGAUAUACUGGUAACUAUAAUACCAUACUAUGAAACAGGAGUUUCUGCUACUGAAAACUGCCUUUUUACAGACUGUAAAUAUUUGUAACAUAAAACACUAAAUGUUGAACUCUAGAGGAAAGACAGAACUCUGUAUUUGCUUCUGGAACUGUCAGUGGGGCACAGUGCCACCUGAUCACAGAGUAGUGGUCGUAAUCAGUCAGGCAAAAGUGAAUAGAUGUUUAUUUAUGGCAAACUCAUGUUUUGGAAAUGACUUCAUUCUGGCCCUACUUUUCUCAUAAACAUUAAUAAAUUUUUAAUAUUCAA